UAUACAUUCUACAUAGCGAAAUAUAGUGCAAAAGAAAAAUGGAUAGUGAGAGUGGAAUUCCAAUUUUAGAUUUUCGAAAGAGCAGUGGAGUGACAUUAGAAGAAGGAAGUGAAGGAUGGAAAGAAAUGAGUAAGAAAGUGCGAGAAGCAUUUGAGAAUCACGGUGCUUUUCUUUUAAGAUGCGAUGAAAUACCGAAUGAAUUACGAGAAGAAAUGUUCACAGGCAUGAAAUCUUUGUUUGAACUACCUGAAGAGACAAAGUUGAAGUUCUCUAGCACAAGAGCAUAUAGGGGUUACACUGCUAAGAGUCAUGUUAUUCCUCAUUGUCAGAGUUUUGGAAUUGACGACGCUCUUAAGUCAGAUACAUCUCAGAAUUUCACUAACCUCAUGUGGCCGGAAGGAAAUCUAACAUUCAGUGAGACACUGAGUUCUUUGACCUCAAAAACAAGAGAAUUAAGCAGGCUUAUCUUAAAGAUGGUUGUGGAGGGUUUUGGUCUUCCAGAAGAAUAUAUUGCGGAAGUUGAAGAGUUGAAUAGCCACAAUGAUUCACGAAUGACAAGGUAUCAACUUCCUGAAGAAAACAAGGAUUCUGAAAUUGCUUUAGUGCCUCACACUGACAAAGGCACCUUAGCCCUAAUAUGCCACAACGAAGUCCAAGGUUUGCAGGUUUUACCAAACUCGGGAAAUUGGGUUAAUGUCAACAUUCCUCCUAAUGGUUUUAUUGUGAUUGUUGGUGACAUGUUGAAGGCAUGGAGUAAUGGGAGACUCCAAGCACCAACACACAGAGUGGUGACAAGAGGAGACAAAGAGAGAUUGGCAUUCAUUCUUUUUGCUGUGCCAAAGCAAGAAACACUUAUUAAGGUGCCAUCGGAGUUGGUAGAUGAAGAUCACCCUCUUCGUUACAAGCCAUUCAAGUACGAGGAGUUUGUAGAUUUUCAUUAUACAACUCGCACCGAAAAGGGAGUACUUGAACAAGUUGCUGGAGUUUGAUGUUUAAUUAUGUGAUGCAAGAGUAAUUCUAUAUGUCAUAAUAAUGCAGAGUAUUUGGACUCUCAGUUUUUUUUUUUUGCAAUAAUGAAAAUAAGAACCUGGUGCUAAAACAUUGAAAGAGGGUUCCAUUCUCACUUUUGCAAUAAAUAAAUAUUAAUUAAAUAAAAUGUAUUUCCUUUCACAUAAUGCAAAAGUAUUUUGAUUUCUA